AUGAUGAGAACUUAUCCCUUGCCUCCUGGGCUUCCGUUUAUGAGCGACCCUCCUUUACCAUCAUCCCAUGACGGACAGCCUCGCAGGCUGCUCACUCCAGAGCCACCUCAGUCUGUCACAGUCGUGACCGGCAAGGCAAACGGCGCAUUCUUUGACCGACUUCCAACUGAAAUUCGCAUGCGAAUCUUGCGCCUGGCAUUCGGUGACCGCACCGUCCAUAACCGCCCUCUAUUUCCCGGUCCCCUUGUUAUCGACCUCGACAAGUUGACUGCCUCGGGUAAACAACCGAAAGCGGAGUGGUCAUGGCGAAGCUCUGUGUGUCAUCGACUUCCGCCUUCUGGUUCGAUGGACUCGCGUGGUCCUGGGCACGAUCCUCAGCCAUGCGACGAUGAGUGUGUCCAUGGAUGGAACGGCCGAAAUGGUUUCCGCCCGCAAUGUGAGCACUGGCCUGGCGAAGGGCCAGAGAAGUGCUCUGUAGGGGCCAUGGGCUGGCUACUUGCCUGCAAACAAGCUUACCGCGAGGGCAUUCAUGUGCUAUACGCCUCGAACACUUUUCAUACAGCAAGCAAGGAAAUGGUUCUGAACAUGCACGACUUCUUCCAACAGCAGCGACUCAAUGAUAUCACAUCUGUCGAAAUCGUUUGGGAAUUCACACCAUGGGUCCUGCCAGACAUCAGCGAAGACUUUAGAGUCGCUCCGCCCCUUUACGAUAUCGAGUCUUUCAGGCAGUUUCUCAAGACCAUUCCCAAUCUUUUCUUAAACGUCAAGAAACUUUAUGUCUCCCUGCAAGGAGAUAUGAUUCCCGAAAUCGAGCGGAUCCAACUCGUGGAGAAGAACAUUAUCUGGAAGGUCGACGCAAUGGUCACUUACCUCAAGCCUAAUGUCGACUUCUCAAUUGCCUAUCCUACAAGCACGUAUGCUGUACAACGUAGUCUUGCUCUCCGCCAGGGCUGGACAGUGAAACAGAGGCAUGAGACUGGUGAGGUGGAGCGACACUGGAGGCCCUUGGCCAAAUGCCAACCUCGAACCGGCUACUGGGUCUGUCUGGGUGAUAAGGAUCUCAGCUACAGCUAUAGCUGGAAGCUCCCCUCUAGCUGCCCCUCAUCUCAUCCCACUUCCCUUCACUUCACUCCUCCAUCUUCACAACAUACGUACGUCAUGGCUUCAGAACUCGCAACCCGUAUCGGCGACCUCAACCCCUUCUCCUCCAAAAGUCGGCGCAUCAACGAUGAAGAUUUCGGCGAGGAGAUCGACAACAACACCGUCGCGGGCGGCGGCCACAGCGCCCGUCGCAUGGUAACAGACCUCAGAGUCAGCAGCGCUCUGCGAGAGUUCCUCGUCAAAGAGAAGAUGCUCUCCAAAAGGGAAGCCAAGAUUGAUUCUCAGGACUCGUCGCGCGAGCUCUUGGAACUCGUUAGCAAACCACAUAUUCGCGUGCCGCCUGAACUCACGGAUAGGUCGCAUCCGCUGCCGGAGUACUUUAUUAGCUCGAGCCAUAAUACUUAUCUCAUGGCGCAUCAGCUUUAUGGGUCUUCGUGUGCGACUGCGUAUGAGAGUGCGAUUAGGACGGGGGCGAGAUGUGUUGAGAUUGAUGCGUGGGAUAAUAGCGAUGAUAGAGAUGAGCCCAAGGUCACUCAUGGGUAUACUCUAGUAUCCAACAUUUCGUUCCGUCUGGUGUGUGAGACGAUUCGAAACUCGGCGGAUCAAGAAGCCGUUGAUGCGCAAAAGUACGGCUUCAGACCUUCGCCUAUUCUUCUGUCGCUGGAGAACCACUGCGAUGCGUAUGGUCAGAUGCGCCUCGUCAAUAUCAUGCAGGAUGUUUUUGGGGAUCGUCUUUUGAGCAAGGCUGUUAGAUAUAUUGGUCAUGAAGAACAAGCUGGUUCAGGUGAACAUGUGAAGCUUGAGGAUCUGGGUGCAAAGAUUGCUGUUAUUGUUGAGUAUCACUUUACGGAUGAGCCUUCAAGCAGCGAUAGCAACUCGGAUGACUCGGAGGACGAAGAAGAGGAAAAGGCUGCGCGAAAGGAGUACAAGGACAAGAGAAAGAAGGAGGAGCCCUCUAUCAUCAUUCCGGAGCUCGCUGAGCUGGGUGUUUACGCGCAGUCAGUCAAGCCAAUGGACAACUCGUGGUUCGAAGAUGGAGGCCUCGCCAACGGACCUCAUCAUCAUCUCAUCAACGUAUCUGAGUCAGGUCUGGCAUCUCAUCUUCCGGAGCACGCAUCAAACAUCGCUCGACACAACGCCCACCAUCUCAUGCGCGUUUAUCCCAAGGGCACGCGAAUCUCAUCCACUAAUCUCAAGCCCGUUCCUUACUGGGGAAUCGGAGCUCAGAUCUGUGCAUUGAACUUGCAAAACUUUGGUACCAGCAACCAGCUCAACGAAGCCCUCUUCAGCGGUACAGACGGUUACGUUCUCAAGCCCGCUGCUCUGCGCGCGGGUGGAAACGGAAGACUGAGCACAGGUCGCAGCAAGCGUCUCCGUCUUCACGUCGCAGGCGCAACAGACAUCCCUUUGCACGGCGACUCAGAAGCAGACUCCAUCAAGCCGUAUCUCACAUGCACGCUGUACCACCCUGACAACAUCAAAGGCGAUCCUCCCAAGCGCAAGACAGAGCCGUAUAAGCAGCACAAGCUUGAGUUUCUUCACAGGGGACCGAACCCGCCCCCCACAGAGCCUCUUUGGGAUGAGACGUUGACGUGGGAGUAUGAGGAUAAUGAGUUGACUUUCCUGCGCAUGCUUAUCAAGAGUGAUGAUAGUUGGACGAGGAACCCGAUGUUUGCUGUUGCGGCGGUGAGGUUGCUCUAUGUUGAGCCGGGAUGGAGGUUCAUUCGCAUGUUGGAUCUCAAGGGACAUGAAACGCAGUGUUCGGUUCUUGUCAACUUUGAGAUCAUUGAUGCUUAG